GACCUCAUGGUCUUCCCUCGAUGGCUCGGCAAGCAAUUUCCCGAGUCAUGGCUAUUAUCACUAUAAUCUCAGUGGAUUGGCGCCGACCGCCCUUCAAGCAAGCAAAGCAUUUCUCAUUACGCAAUCCUUUCUUGAUUUCCUCAGCCUUGUCAUAGGGCUGGAUGUCACUAGUUCUGUCCCGAUUGUUCCCUUUCACCGGGCCGACGACGGUGGUCCUCGCAUACGGAACAUCCCGCAUCUCAAAGGGUGUUCCUGCUCGCGGUCCCAUCAGCAGCAUGGCCGGUCAACAACGAGGUUGGAAAAUUGGCCCGAGAAGUGGACGGCGAGGCCUUGCAACCCCGACGCUGGCUUGCGAGCAGAACGUGACUAGUCCGGAUUGGGCGACCGGCAAUCCGGGCCCCCGCUGGCUUCCAGCUUUCCCCUUCUCCUUUCCUCUCUCCUCUCUCCUCAGCAACCCCUCUUAAUCAUUUCAAUCUUCGAAAUGCCAAGCUCCUAGGGCCGUAGGGCCUCUCUUUCGUUGGCUGGGAAUCAUGGAGGAUCGGAGGAUCCACAGGCCCUUCCGAAAAUCAUGCCAGGUGACAGGACACGGCUGGAG